CUGCGGCUCGGACCGCGGAGGGCGGGUGUGGGCGAUGUGGUGCCUGAGGUUCGGGGCCCCGGGCGGGCCAGCUUCAGCCACUCCGGAGCUGCCGCCGGAGCGAGGCCCGGGCGCGGUGGGAGCUCGCCGCUUCCUGCUUGGCCUCUACCUGGUGGGCUUCCUGGAUUUGUUCGGGGUCAGCAUGGUCAUCCCUUUGUUGGACCUUCAUGCCAAGUCUCUUGGAGCAAGUCCUACUGUGGCUGGCAUUGUAGGCUCCUCCUACGGCAUUCUGCAGCUCUUCUCUAGCACCUUGGUGGGCUGCUGGAGCGACGUGGCCGGAAGGCGCCGCUCCCUGCUGCUGUGCCUCCUGCUCAGCGCACUGGGCUACCUCCUCCUGGGAGCCUCCAGCAGCGUGCUCCUGUUCGCCCUGGCGCGAGUCCCAGUGGGUAUUUUCAAGCACACCUUGUCCAUCUGCAGAGCGCUGCUGUCUGACCUAGUGGUAGAGAAGGAGCGGCCUGUGGUGCUGGGCCGGUUUAACACAGCCUCGAGCGCGGGUUUCAUCCUGGGCCCUGUGCUGGGCGGGUACCUGGCAGAGCUGGAGGGCGGCUUCCGCCUCACCGCGCUCAUCUGCUGCUCCAUCUUCCUGCUCAAUGCCGGUCUUGUUUGGCUCUUUCCUUGGAGUGGCAUGGAAGUCAGCGGGACAGAGAAUGGCCCGAGACAGCGUGGGCGCCAGGCACCAUCCAGGACAGACCAUGAGCCUCAGGGGGCAGCCACCAGCCCCGCGGCCACAGAGACCGCUCCUCCAGGGCUCUGGGCUGACACCAGGGCAGCCAUGCAAGACGGGCGGAGCCUGGUGUGCUCUGAGAUGGGCGACAUCCUGCUGGUGCGCCUGCUGAUGGGGAUGGCAGUGCUGCUGUACCACAGCAACUUCGUGCUGGCGCUGGAGCAGCGCUUUGGGGUGCGGCCGCGGGCCUCGGGCUACCUCAUCGGGUACAGCAGUGCUCUGGGCGCCCUGGCUGGCCUCACCCUGGGACCUGUCCUGCGCCUCUACCAGCACGACUUGCACGCAGCCCUGCUGCACUCCAGCGUGCUCACCUGCGCACUGCUGCUGCUCUAUGCCUCGGCAGGCACUGUGGCCGUGGUGGUCCUCACCUCCACAUUCCUGUCCUUUUCCACCACCAUUGGCCGGACCUGUGUCACAGACCUACAGCUGACCAUGGGUGGCGCCCAGGCCAGCGGCACUGUCAUCGGCGUGGGACAGUCAGUGACUGCUGUGGGCCGCAUCAUUGCCCCCCUCCUCUCAGGAGUGGCCCAGGAGGUCAGCCCCUGUGGUCCCCCGGGCCUGGGAGCUGCUUUGGCCCUCGUGGCUGUCUUUAUAAUGUCAUUCAGCAAACCCCACUGCAGUAAUGCUGGGAGUGGUAAGCUAAAAAGUGCUUAAGACAAAUUUGGACAACGUGGAGAAAUGAUCACAGUGUUCAGUCCACUCUAGUGGCCGCCAUGGGAAAGGAAGCGUGAGGGCUCAGGGCUGUGAGGCAUCCGCAGACAGGCUCAGGGACGCGCACAGUGUAGAUGGACAAUCGGAUGUCCCGGGGCCACGAAGAAGCUAAGGCUGGAGCGGACCUUGGCUGAGGGGGCCGUGUUCAGUGUUCACCUGAAAUGCUUACUUCUGGACCAAGCGAAACUCCAGGUGAAGCAGUACUGUCGUCUGCCGGGAGGGACGGUGGGGGUGACGGCUCUGAGGUAUGCAGGAAAGAAGAAGCCUCCCAUGCGAUCCGUCGGGCAACAUGCAGGCGACCUGCUGACCACCUGGAACAUCCGCUGUGGAAGCCCUGUAGAAGCAGCCGUAUCCCACAGGUGCUCAGAGCCAGGGUGGCUGGUGCACACGUAGGAUCCCAGCCCUCAGAGGCCCUGAGGCAGGGGACUGCAAGUCUGAGCCCUGCCUGGGCCACUCAGUAACUUAGUGAGACC